AUGCCCUAUCCCUCGUGCUGCAGGGUCUCUCGUGCUUCUGUCCUCAUGCCUCCCCCUCACUCUCCUACCUUCCAGCCCCUAGGCAGCUUCAGGGACCUCACUAUCGACGACUGGUCCAACUUGGGGGACAGUCGCCACCUCUCCGACAAGUACUCGUCUGGCGUGUCACCGACGAACUUGAAUCAUACCUGGAACUUCAGCGACUUAGCACCGCCGUCCUCUCCCCCCACCAGUGUCGACGACGAGGACUACAUGGAGGCUGUGCGGCGCUGGCCUUUUGCCAGACGAAUAUUCGGCAACCUCUUGGAAGACAGGGACUUCCCGGCGUUGCCCGACGUUUUAAUAGAGACUCCCAAUUUCCAGCCGGAAGAUUGGGAUCUUCUUCGCUCAAAAUUGCGAGACAAACCUGAGAUUCUGCGUCAUUUUUGGUUCCGUUACGACCGUAAGAUGGCGACCGUUGUGGCCGGUUCUGCAAGCGGUCUGCAUCAAGACGUCGUGCUGGGAUGCGCCAGCACCGUAGUCGAGGACAUCAUCAAGCCGGUGGUUGAUCAGAACGGCGCAAGGCUGCUAGUUAGGGAGGACCACAUAGAGGUCCCUGACUGCAUGGUAGGACUCUUCAACCAGGCGAAAAAGAACAAGCUCUGCAUCAACCUGAACAGUGACUGCGUACUCAUUGAGUCGGCGAGAACACAAAGCGCACCGCAUGUGCUUGCAAAGGUCACAGACAACAUGACGGCGUCCGAUACCUCGGAAAGCGUGGCGGGACACACCUACGUGCGUCAGAUGGCAUCGGUGGCGGGAUCGGAAGGUGAAGAGACGGAGGACGGGAUGCAGACACAGACGGACGAUGAAGACGGGACGCAGAUGCAGACGGAUGACGAUGACGGGACACAGACUCAGACGGAGGACGGGGACGACGACGGGACACAGACGCCGGCAGGCCCUGAGACGGAGCACGCAGGCGAGGAACCGUCCUCUCCUCUCACUCCUCUACCGGACGCGUCCUCGCCCCUAUCGCCCCUCUCCGAUGCAUCCUUUCCAUCUCCCCCUCCCCUGCCACCCCCGUGGCGCCUCUCCCCCCCAGAGAAGGCCGUCAAGAAAGCUCCCCCCGGUGUGGACAUCAACAAACAAGACUGGGUCGAAUUACCCUGCCUGGACGACGACUGCAUCACGGGAGGCAUCGCUUACGGAGGUAGGAUAUACGUAGGGGAAAUACGUGCGUACAUGUGGGUUUUACAGGGCGCAGAGGACCACGCGUACCUCGCGAAGCACUGGAAGGACGACCUGGAGGAGUGGGUUAGAAGCGGGAAGGCCCUACUUCUUCGCAGGAGGUACGCCACUGAUGAGCAGAAGCAGGCGCUCAGGCAGUGGGAAGCGAGAUGGCGAGAGUGUAUGCUGUCUGUACGACACAAGGUCCUCCACAACCUCAUCAUCGCAAAGUCAAGCCAAUGCACCCCCGUGGAACUCGUGGUGUUCGAGGAGAAGAUCGACAAGCUACCUGACCUCAGCCUGCCGCCCAUCAAGAGCCCGGUGGGAGUAGUUAGGGCCCUGGUCGGCUCCGGGAGCUGGCGAUUGGCGGAGGAACGGUACGCCAAGGCCACGAACGCGACUACCCAGUACUCGUUCGACGGAAUUGUCGGAAGCCGGAAAGAGGCGUUCAAGGCAGGGGCGUCUCUCAAGAGGGCCCUUGACGAGGGUGACAUUGGACGGGCUAGAAGGGCUCUCAAACGGCGUCACCUCGACACCGCGCUCGUCGACAAGAAAAGUUCUUUGACGGACUCCGACUACCUGGGCUCUGCUGACGGCUCGAGCGACCCGAUACCGAGUGACCCCCUCCGUGAUCCGUCGUUCAAUCCCGACGUGGACGACGGCCAUUACUCUCAAGACAGCAACUACGGCGAGUCGUCUCAGGGGUCGCAGCAGGGGUCGUCGCAGCAGGGGUCGUCGCGGGGUAACGACUCGUCGCAGGAUGACGACGAAUCGUCGCAGGAUGCCGACGACUCAUCCCAGGAUGCCGAUGAAUCGUCGCAGGAUGAGAAUGACGCGGAAUCAUCGUCGCAGGGUGAAUCGAACUCCUCACAGCUUGACGCUGACUCACAGGCCAGCACUGGUUCUGAAUGA